AUGGCCGACAUCGAGAUGGACAUCGACGAGCCCGUCGGCGGCUCUCCGCCGCCGCCCAGCGCCAAGGUGGCCGACAUGCAGACGCACACAAAGGCGACAGCCGUGCGCUCCAUCGAGGGCUGGAUCGUCAUUGUGACCAACGUGCACGAGGAGGCCGCCGAGGAGGACAUCCACGACAAGUUCUCCGACUACGGCGAGAUCAAGAACCUGCACCUGAACCUCGACCGGCGGAGCGGCUACGUCAAGGGCUACGCGCUGAUCGAGUACUCGACCCUUCAAGAGGCCCGCGCCGCCAUCGACGGCGCAAACCAGACCAAGCUGCUGGACCAGACGAUAUCGGUCGACUUUGCGUUUGUGAGGCCCCCACCCGGCGGCAAGGGCGGUCGCGGCGGCGGUAGGGGCGCCCCGCGCCGCGCCCGGAGCCGCAGCCGCAGCCGGAGUCCGGGCGCCCAGAAGGACGACGACGGUGAUGAUGUUGUCGAGUGA